UACCCCUUUGAGAAACACCCUAUGUUUGUAUGUCGAGAAACUUGUAUUUUCUCCCAUAUAUCCCACCCACCAAUAAACACCAAAAACACCCUUUUCCCUCGUACCAGACUAUACCCAUCAAACGUUCAACGCGACAACAUCCCCAAUUUCUCGACCAACUUUGCUUGCCAUGACACUGCAACUGCUUCUUCUAUCCCUGAACUGGUUCAUAUAUUGUAUCAUGAGGGAACUGGUGCAGGUAUGAUUGCACGCUCUCUCCUCCUUUUUUCCCUGGUGAUGAUAUUUGGUCACAUAGAAUCUUUAAGAGUUUCUCAUCUGAUACGUUGGGCUUUGCACUUACCUCCUUUCAUAUCUAUUUGUAAGUUUAAUCCCAUUAAAUACAAUACAAUGAAGAAUAUUAGGACUGGCCGUCCUUCUGUUUUCUCAACUGCUGCAUCGGAUGGUGAAACAAAAAAUCAACCAUCUGAAGUGACAAAUGAGGAGGGUUUAUCAUUCAACUGUGUUCAAUACACCCCUGAAAUCGAGAAGACUUAUGUUCAUCAGGUUUAUGAUGCAAUUGCUCCCCACUUCAGUUCAACCAGAUUUGCUAGAUGGCCAAAGGUUGCAUCAUUUUUAGAUUCCUUGACACAAGGAUCCCUUGUCCUGGAUGCUGGAUGUGGAAAUGGAAAGUACUUGGGUUUCAAUCCUAAAUGCUUUUUUGUAGGAUGUGAUAUAAGCUCUCCUUUAGUAAGCAUAUGUGCCGAGAGAGGGCAUGAAGCUUUGGUCGCUGAUGCUGUAAAUUUGCCAUAUAGAAGUGGUUUGGGUGAUGCAGCAAUAUCCAUUGCUGUUUUACAUCACCUGAGUACUGAAAGUAGGAGGCGAAAAGCUAUUGAAGAACUAGUUCGAGUUGUCAAAAAGGGAGGUUUAGUAUUAAUAACAGUCUGGGCUGUCGAGCAAGAGGACCCAGGUUUGUUGAGUAAAUGGAUACCCUUAUCUCGUAGGUACCUAGAUGAGUGGAUUGGACCAGGUAGUCCUCGUGUCAACAGCCCCCGGUCAUUUAAUUUAAAAAGCAUCCCUGAAAGUGAGGAGAACAAUUCUCAAGUGUCAUUGAAAGUCUCCAGUGAGUUCCUUGGUGCAAAGCUGGACGAAACAAUGAAGAUAAACAGCCAAGAAAAUGAUACAUCAACAACCUAUAUUGAUAAUAGAUGUAAAGAAAACCAAGAGUAUUUUGUUCCAUGGCACUUACCUUAUCAUCGUGCUGAAGUUAGUGGUUCUUCUGCUUGCGCUGUUGCAAAUGGCCUGGCAUGGAAAGAUGACAAGAAGGGUGCUGUGGUGUAUAACCGAUAUUAUCAUGUGUUUAGUGAGGGUGAACUUGAAAGUUUAGUGUCUGGAAUAAGCAAUGCUGUGAUUGUGGAUCGCUUCUUUGAUAAAUCAAAUUGGUGUAUUAUUCUUGAAAAAAGACAAUGACGGAUCAAAGACCACCAAAUACAUCACUUCAACGUGGAGAUGAGAUUAGUAAUUAUAUCUCGAAGUGCAAAAUGCUAAUGGAGUUAUUAUACUGCACUGAAUGUCUUCAGAAAUGCAGGCUGUGCGGUUUAUCAGUCCGCUUGCAAGUUUGUAUCAUCAUUUUCUGAUGCUGUGAAAUUUUCACUUUGUAGAGCCAAGUGUAGUGUUGUUUUUGCAGACUUUGGCUAGUAAAGAGAGUAGAACUGACCUAUCAGAUGUCGCAUUUUUGACAGUAAUACGAUGAUUUCUGCUUGAUUAUUAAAUAAACAUAUCAACGGUUUAGAUUGA